ACACUCCUGGCACGCGACUCAAAUGGAAUUAUUACCAAAAAAAUGUACAUACCUGGUUGAAACAAAAACAGAACCGCCUAAGAGGAUUCUACGUUUUUCAUUUCUUUUUUCACCAAUGUUUGAAACAUGUGACUUUUUAAUUUCCAGUCGUGGCAAUGGAGUGCAUUAAAUAUUGCGUAUGUUUUGCUGAAAUUUGAUUAAGGAUGUGUAAGUUUCGUUCUCAGGUGAAUUAAGGAAAGUUAAUUUCUCACAUUGAGGAAGGACCGCCUCUGUGGUAUUUUUGAAAUUGGAUAUACAGGAUUCUCAUUUAACACAAAUUAACAAUUUUGAAAUAAAGUACCUUUUUCAUACAAAACAAAAAAUGUGUUUCAUCUCAAUUUCUUGCACUCCUUUUACAGAGAACAUAUUGAAUCAAGACCGGUUAAUUCAUCAGGCAAAAAGUCUUCUCUUUGUCUAGAUAAUGGACAAGCACACCUGUUCGGUUGAAUCUCUCGUUGUCAUGAUCCAUGGGAAGAAACUUUCCUUGUAUUAAAGUAUACCUGUUUUUACAAGUAAUUUACGAUAAACUUAAAUACCCCUCCUAGACGCUGUAUUUAUUUUUGUUAAUCUUUUUCAGAGCUCUGGCGCCAGCUAUAUCGUAUCUAAAUACUCUGUAGUACAUGAUUAUAUGCAAAUACGCAGGUGUGCGAGUGUGAAGUAUCAGGGGGCCGAAGGUGACGAAUUUUAAUGCAAUUUAUCAGUUACUUCAGGGCGGCAGCUUUGAAGUUGUGUGUGAUUGGCACGUCAAAAACGUUAGCGACCGCCUGGAUGGCGCCUAGACCAUAGCAUACAGUAUGAAAGAAGAAUGAGUGACGUCACACUGUCGGCGCCUCGAUGGCGAAAAUAUUUAUAUUGAAAACUGGCUUGAUUUUUACCUGUUGAAACUAGUAUCAUUGAAGUAAAAAUGGUAUAAAACUUUCCGAUUUUAUACUUUUAAAGUUAUAUCGAUGAUUAUAGGGAAAAAUUAAAGAAAUAACAAUAAAUCAAUGAAAAUAAUCUAAUAUUUUACACUACACAGAUUUCAGUAGGCGUGGCCUUGCUGUUGAAUGAUUGGUUGAUAACGGUACAAUGACCCCUUUGAGAAAAUAGUUCAGCCUAUGGCAAAUUGGAGUAGGCGGAGCUAAUAUCUACUCACGGUUAUUACAAGUGAAUAUUUAUACACGAAGUAUUCCUCGUUGUUACAUUUGCAAGCUAAGCAAGGAAAGAGCUAGUACGUAGAACAAGUCAAUCGAUAUUACCAACAACUCGCAGAGAAAACAUGAAAGCCAUUACUCAACCUUGUGUAAGACCAGUGGAACUCGGCAUGAAGAAGGAUUCUAUGAAAGUGAUGAAGAAAGUUGAUGACUGUGCCGCAGAAAUGCAGGCGUGCUUCUCUAAACUGAAGGAAUUAGUACCGUCUGUGCCACAAGACAAGAGGCUAUCCAAGACCCAGUUGUUGCAACAUGUGAUUGAUUAUAUUUUGGACUUGGAGACAGCCCUUGACUUCAACCCUGCCGUGCUAACCGAGCCUCUACCCAAUGUUAACCGGGCCCCACUCUCAGAAAAACCCGAGCCAAACACUAUUCAGGCCUUUACUCAGAUGGCAGUCUCAAUGGAUCAAGAUGAAUCCUGCGAUUCAAAGUAAAGAGAACCCGUGUCUCCCUUUGCGGAUGUGAACUAACAAUCGCAUUGGAACCCCAAAUUUUCCAUGCGAGUUGCCACAUUUGAACGGAGCCUUAUGAACAAAUAAAAGCAUGAGAACUCCAAGAAUGAAACCGAGUUGGUCAACUUCAAGCACGACGAAAAAUGCUGGUCACCAGAGGAGGAAGAAAAGUCGGGAAAAAAUAAAAGCGGUCCCAUCCUUGGUGAACAAGCAGCUUGUGUGAAGUAGUGACAUUUUAGUACCAACCCUUCGUUGGACUUCAGUUGUAUAUACGUUUACAUUUUCUUUUGUCACUACUUCUCUUACGAUUCGUGCCGAGUGGACAAUUAGUGACCAAUCCUCGGACAGAAUUCUGUACAUAGUGGACAGAAAGCAUGAACUUGGCGACGCCGAACAAGAACUUUUCUCUUGUUUAAAAAAAAAAACUCAUUGUUAAAAUUCUGUAUAUGGAAGAACAAAAUAUUGCCACCGAUUCUGUAUUAUUUUGAGUUUUUUUUUUCUUUUUACAAAUGUAUAUUUUUUUUUCUUGUUGUAUUUUUAUUAAAAUUUUAUUACGAUUCAUAUUAAAACUUUUUUCGCCAAAAACAA